CAUGGCUUCUAAUGGAGCUUCUCGGGGGGCCGAAGAUACAAAGACCAGCUUAGAGAAGAUCAAGCGGCAGCUAGCUUCCGGCUCGGGUCGCAAUUUGCUACAGGGUCCGCUCCUCAAACGAUCCGAGACUUUGAGGAAAUGGAAUGAGAGAUGGGUGAUCUUAGACCCUACAACCGGAAAAAUGGAAUACAAGGCCAAAAGGAACGAGCCAACAGCCAAGGGAACCAUUUUAUUUGACGCAAAUAGCACAAUAACUAUAUCACCUGUGAAUAUCCAUGGGCUUCCAAAAUAUGAUGGCUGCUGUAUCUAUAUUGGGACACCACAAAAGAAGGACUACUUCCUCUGUGCAGAGACCCCAGCUGCAGCUAGAGCUUGGGUGUCUACAUUGCAUGCUACACAGCUGGUUUUAAGGGCUCAUAAAGAGGCUGUAAAUUCAUUAAGUGGGAAUGGGUCAAGCAAGUUGGGAACUGUUGCCACUGUAGUAGCUGCUGCUAAUUCAACUGCCCUAGAAGCUUCAAAGGAUAUUGAAGCUGCAAUGCAAAUCUCAAUGAGAAAUGCUUUAGGAGCAAUGAGGAUCCAUACACCUGACAGCCUUAUGGAUGAUAUGUCAAUUAUGAAGGGCUGAUUGGCUGAACUGAAGGUGUCAUCUGCACGCUACAGGAGACACUAAAAGUUAAGGAUGAAGAGUUGCAAAAUUUGGCACGGGAACUUCGUGCGAAGGACUCCACAAUAAAAGAAUUAGCUGAGAAACUCUCUGAAACUGCAGAGGCUGCGGAGGGUGCUGCUUCCGCAGCUCGUAUAAUGGACGAGCAAAGGAGAAUUGCAUGUGCCGAGGUUGAGCGCUUCAAAGGGGAUUUAAAACAGCAAUCGAACUCCUCCAUGUCAAAGAUGAGGGAAUUUGAAGAAAAGAUUUCGUCUCUGAUCAAGGAAAGAGAUCAAAUGAUAAAACACAGAGAUUCUGCCGUCGAGGAAGCGCUUUUAUGGCGUACUGAGCUUGGAAAAGCCCUAGAACGUGUCGUCAUUAUGGAAGGAGCUGUUUUCCGGGCAGAGGAAAAGGCUAAGGUUACUGAAGCUGAGGCUGAAGCUAGAAUAAAGGAGGCAGCACUAAGAGAGGCUGCUGCUGUGAAGGAGAAACAAGAACUUUUGACAAGUUUAAAUAUGUUACAGUCACAACUUAAAAGGCAACAUGUCAGUGAAGCUAAACAAGUGUUUGAGGAGAAAGCUGAGUCUUGCUCAAGUAAUAAUGCUGUUAAUAAUAAUCUCCCAGAAACGAAGCAUAUGGAUCCAUCAGAGGAGAACAUUGAUAAAGCUUGUUUAAGUGUGUCAAGUGCGGUUGCGCGUGAUAUUCAAGCGACAGAGCCCACAAUGGCUGAUGUAAGAGAGGUUUCAUCCGGAAUAGAAGAGAGCAGUUUGGAUAUACCAAUUCAGCAAGAAGGGCCAAGCCCGUCUCACCAGCCAUAGAUAUAUCUUUCCCAUAUAUGGAACAAGAGUUUAUGUACUAUUAGAAAUGGGAAGAGCCAUCCCUUUUGCCGCUCCAUGACUAAGCUUGAGCCUUUAUUGAUCUUUAUAUAUGCCGGUCUGCAUGGUUUUAUCACGUUCAUAACAUGGGCAUUGCCUCUAAGACAUACAUGUUCAUAAUUUCCUUGUUUUCCCCCUCUAACUUGCUCUUUACAUACAUUUUCCUUGUUUUUUCCCAUCUACCUUUUCUUUUUUUAAACGCAUAUAGAAUAAGAGAAUACCGACAAAGUGACCAUGAAUAUGAAUGAUUGUGAUUAUAUAUUCAGAUUGCUAUAGAUCAAGUUUUAUGAAACGCUCUAACUUUGACAUGAUUGUAUUGAGUUUUUGGUAGUGUUCUGGGUUUUCUCUUUGGAUACCAAA